AUAAAGCUGAACUCGUGUGUGUAUGUCGACGGGUCCUCACUCCAUCUGAAGAAUGGGCGGCCCUGAGGGGUGCGCGGGGACAUUCCACCCCCGGUGUGGACAGCGGGUGGUGCUGAGCGAAGGCCGCACGGUGGCACGCCGCUCACUCGCCGACUUCAACUGCGGUUUGGUGUUUUCGGCAACACCUCUCGAACCAGGACGACCCUUCCUUGUCCGAAUCGAUUCAAAGGUAAACACGUGGAGUGGCAGCAUUGAAAUAGGGGCCACUGCACUUGAUCCUGACUUGAUGGCAGAACUGCCCCUGAGUGCCACUGACCUGACGCAGGACACCUAUGUCAUGUCCGGUGGGUCAGUUUUAAAAGACGGCCACUCUUUAUUGGAUCUCUAUGGCACAGACCUUGACACCCUCCAAGAAGGAGACACUGUCGGAGUGCUGCUCAACCUCCAGGGUGAGCUGGAGUUUAUGGUGAACGGGGAAUCUCAAGGAGUGGCCGAACCCACUCCACCAUCUCGGCUCUUUGCCCUCAUCGACAUCUACGGCAAAUGCGUCCAAGUGAGCGCAGUGCAGUCGCAGCCAGCCGUUCCACCUGUCCCGAGGCCUGAUCGGCUCAGGUUCCACUCUCGGUCUGGACACUUGAUCAAAAUGAGCAAUGGCCAGCGGACAGCUGAACGACGUAGGCCCCUUGACGAAUUUAAUAAUGGCGUAGUACUCACGCACCGUCCACUUCUAACAAAUGAACUAUUUGAGAUUCGAAUUGAGAAAUUAGUCGCCAAGUGGUCUGGUUCGAUUGAAGUGGGGGUGACCAGCCACAAUCCCGAGUCUCUGGCCCUUCCAGCCACCAUGACUAAUUUGCGUUCCGGCACAAUCAUGAUGUCCGGCUGCGGAAUCCUCACCAACGGGCAGGGAACGCGGCGGGAGUACGGCCACUUUAAUUUGGACGAACUGCGCGAAGGAGACACCAUCGGCAUCGUCCGCAAACCCAACAACUCGCUGCACUACUUCAUCAACGGUAUGGACCAAGGUGUGGCGGCCAACGACCUGAAAGGACCCAUCUGGGGUGUCAUUGAUCUCUAUGGUAUGACCGUGAAGGUCACGAUUGUGGACAGGGAAAGGGAGCAACAAAAUGCUGCCAACCAAUUCGAAGAAGUGGAGGAGGAAUUCGAGAGCAGCUGUGACUCUCUGGUGUUCCACCGUCGUUGCGGUUCCAACGCAGCUGUGAUCAACGGCGGCCGCACAGCGCACAGACCGAAUGCCCUCGAGGACUUCAAUAACGGCGUGGUUCUGACCAGCCGAUUUCUGCAAACAGGGGAGCUAUUCGAGGUUCGUUUGGAGUACAUGGUUAAGAAAUGGGCGGGCUCCAUUGAGAUUGGAGUCACGACGCACCGGCCUCAAGAGCUGGAGUUUCCGUCGACCAUGACGAACAUGCGGUCUGGCACGUGGAUGAUGACUGGAAAUGGAGUCAUGCACAAUGGAACCACCGUUCUCGACGAUUACGGACACAACUUGGACCGAUUAGCAGUUGGUGAUCGCGUUGGGGUGAUGCGGCUGGCCGAUGGCACCCUUCACUUUUACGUCAAUGGCACCGACCAGGGUGUGGCCGCCACCGGCGUUCCUGACGCUGUGUACGGCGUGAUCGAUUUGUACGGGCAAGCGUCGCGGGCGUCGGUCGUCAGCAGGCGCCCGACGCCAACCGCAAUCCUGCCCUCAGAACCGCCACCGCCAUCCACAAGGCCGCUCAGGUUUCACAACGUUCACGGGAAAAACGCUAGCAUUUCAAACUCAGGCUUGACGGCGUCAAGACCCAGAGCUUAUGGAGAGUUUAAUGAUGCCAUUGUUGUAACCAAUCGUCCCUUAGCGGAUGGAGAGCUAUUUGAAGUUUUGAUUGACUAUACGGUCGACCGGUGGAGCGGCUCCAUUGAAGUUGGGGUUACAAGAAUAAGGCCUGAAGAGCUGGAAUUUCCGUCGACCAUGACUGACAUUGAUCAUGAUAGCUGGAUGCUGAGCGGCUCUUCGGUAAUGCAGAACGGUGCCACAGUGCGGAAUGGCUAUAGAUGUGAUUUGGACACCAUUCGAUCUGGUAACCGGAUUGGAGUUGUUCGCCACCAGAACGGCAACCUUCAUUUUUUUCUCAACGGUGAAGACCAAGGCAUUGCUUGUCAAAAUGUGCCCUCAGGCGUCUAUGGAGUGAUCGACCUUUAUGGCCAGUGUUCACAAGUUACAAUCACAAGUCCAAGAGAGGGCGAUUUGGAAGACAGUGUGGACAGCAUUGUCCCUGGUUGCCACUCUCCGACGAAAACUUCAUCUUCACCAAUAUUAAAACACCAAUUUUCAAGCAAGUGCAGCGGAAACUUGGUUUUACGGAAUAACAAUCAAAACGCACAAAGGAACAAAAACUCACAGGGACACUCCAUCGUGUUUUCCGCUAAACCUUUAGAAAUCGACUCUACCUUUGAGGUAACGAUCAGCGAGGAGAGCCCAAGCAGCAGCGGAUGUUUGAGCGUCGGAGUAACUUCGCUCGAUGUCGAAACUGCAGAGGUGGUGUCCGUUUCAAACGGGCUAGCGGACCUGACACCUGAUACCUGGUUCAUCAUGGGAUCUCAAGUGCGGCACAAUCACGAGGUGUGCAAGCAGCUCUUCUGUCCAAACCUGCAGUGGCUGGUUACCGGGGACAGGAUCGGCCUUCGCCUGACGCCUGAAAAUUCUCUCCGCCUGCUCAUCAACAGCGAAGACCUUGGCGAGGUGGCCGAAAAUUUACCAAGGCGGUUGUACGCCGUUUACGACAUAUUCGGAAGAACAGAGGGUUUGACGGUGGUGCGAGAGGGCGCAGGCAUCUCUGAAACGGCGCCCCGUGCCGCGCCGGAAGACUCGCGCUUUUUAUCCGCCGAUUGGAUGCACGAUUCCCUGGAAGUGACGUCCGGUGGCGGAAUGCACACGUCGUCUACUCUAUCCUCGCCCAUCGCUCCGCAGCCACCGUUUGACGGGCAGAUGCAGGAAUCAGUGCCGCCGCCUCUGGCCUUCCACGAGCGACAUGGCCGGAAUAUCAAGCUGUCCAACUCGCGCGCCACAGCUCAGAGAAUCGCGUCUUACAACCAAGGCGUUGUCGUGGGCGCGCAUCCACUCGCCCCUGACCUUCUAUUUCAGUUCCGGGUGGACAGGGUGAAUUCGCGUUGGACAUCCUCAGUUGCCCUGGGGGUCACCAGCCAAAGUCCAGAUUCGCUGAGUGUCCCCGUGGCAGCGUUGGCGCUUCGCAAAGAAACCUGGGUCAUUUCCUCCGACGGCGUCUUUUUUAACGGCGACAAGAUCGGCGAGUGUGGUGAGUGGGGCUCCGGGGCAGAACCGCAAGCGGGCCAAGUGCUGGGCUUGAUGGUGGACGCCAAGGGCAACAUGCGACUUUUCCUUGACCACAGAGAUGUCGGCGUUCUCGCUAAAAACGUUCCGCCGAACUGUUUCCCCUUGAUUGACGUCUACGGACAGUGCGAGCAGGUUACGAUUCUGGAAUACAACUCUAUGUGCGUUAGAGUUCCCGAAAAAGAGAAAGCAGAGUAUGAAGGUGAAGAGAAAGAAGACUCGUUGGCCAGCUUGCGGUUCAUCGACCAAAGCAUUUCGGAAGAUUCCCUGCUCCUGCAGUCAAUUGUGCUGGCCCGCGCGAACACUUGUGAUUAUCUAGAGCUAUGCACUGCGUUUAAAAGACAACUAGGACUCCCAGACGGCUUCUUUGCAGAAGGUUCCGCAGGUGUGUGUUACUGCGAGUUGUGUGAGUUGUCCUCAGACAAGGCCGAAGUACCGGGCGGCCAGCCUGAAUUCUGGCCCCCGAGAGGCUGGUGCGCCUUCGAAUUGCGACGACGGCCCUCUGCGGCAGCAACCACCGGCACUUGGCACACGGCCUUUGUCCAGGUGUCCGCGAGUCGGCUGCGACGUUGCCUGGACAGGGGGGCUCCAUUGCCACCUGGAGGCGGCCGUGCACUGGCCCUCGCACCGAACAUCGAGUGUGCUGCCGAUAACGCCUCGCACAGGAUAUUCUGUGACUUUGGCAGCAAUCGCAAGUUCAAGAGUCAAGUCGGCUUCGAAUUGUUAGUUCAGCCAGGCUCAUACCAGGUGAGCGGGAGCGAUUUCUCCCAGCGCUGGAGCACCAAGGAAAAGGGCAACCUGAUGCUGACCAGCCUUCUGCUGCGCCUGCAACCUCUUCAAGUCUGAUAGCCUUUUAGAAACAACUAGUCAUGCCCGUGUUGCAUUUACAACUUAAUUAUUGCUUUUGUGAUAUAUAUAUAUAUAUGUGUGAUUGAACAAAAAACUGUUUUAUUUCGUUUGCAAUUUCUGUUAUCAGAGACUGAGUUUUUUAUUUCGCUUAUGACAAGAGGUGUCUUCAAGAAAGAAAAUAAAACAAAAUACGUUUUCAAAGCUGA